AUGAUGCAGAAUCAGUUUCAGAUGGUACAAGGAUCAAUAAGUGGAGGAGUUAGAAGAAAGAGAGGGAGGGUGAUGAUGGUAGAGGCAAUGGAUAAAGUUGCAGCUCAGAGACAAAAGAGGAUGAUCAAGAACCGUGAAUCCGCUGCUCGGUCUAGGGAACGAAAACAGGCAUAUCAAGUGGAGUUAGAGACUUUGGCUGCGAAAUUAGAGCAAGAGAAUGAACAGCUUUUGAAGGAAAUUGAAGAGAAGACUAAAGAGAGAUACAAGAAGCUUAUGGAGCAAUUGAUUCCUGUUGAUGAGAAACCGAAGCCAUUGUUGUCUCGGUCUUUAAGCAGGAGCCACUCCUUGGAAUGGUAA